AUGACUACUGCUGUUGCGGGUUCUAUAGUUAAACCACCGAGAAGAUCAGUACGUUCGCUGUCGGUACAAGAAAAAGUUCACGCCAUUGAUAGAGUACACGAGGGUGAGUCGAAAGCAUCGGUUGCGAGAGACAUAGGAGUACCGGAAUCCACUCUACGGGGUUGGUGCAAGGGAGAAGAAAAACUAAGAGGGAUCGUCGCGAGGUCGAACGGUGGUGGAAAUUCAUCGUCCAUUUUGAUGGAUACGUCGAAUUCGUUGGACGAGUCAUUCGAAAAAGUCGGAAAAUAUAAUUUAACCGAAGGGUUAAGUCAAAGUGUUGUUAGCAUAACGAAUCAAAAGCGUGAUUAUUUUUCAUCCCUCGACGAAGCACAACUACAACAGCAAAGUUCUUCUACGAUCGGGAAAAAGCUACCCAAAUUAGAUAUGAAAACAAACAACGAUGUUCCCAUGACGGAAAAUUUCGAAAAAGUAUCGAACCAAAGAAAUUGUGAUGAGAGUCCGAUUAAUUUUUCCAAAGACGGUGAAAACGAUUUGACUGUUACCGUAAGAAAAUCUUAUUCUCCGGAUGUAUUGACGACUCCUCCUGCUGGUGCUGGUGCUGCUGCUGAAAAGAAGACCACGAGCACAAGCACGGCCGUUUCAGCUGCUGCUGCUGCUGCGGCAAACUCCCACAAGUCUGAUGAAUCUCAACGUGACGUACAAAAUUUACGCAAUCCCGCGUUACCUGCUUUGGCAGCAAUUGCUUCCGCCAUAUCAAAUAAAAAUCAAUUACUUUAUAACGCGUACACGAAUGGAAUACUAAAAGACAUGAUACCGAAAGAAGAGCUUAUUAACAAACCUUUGGAUUAUUCUAAAAAGGUCACGUCGAGGCUCCCACGUAAUAAUAACAACGUUAACGAAACUCUCAUGCUGUGGUUACAAAGUCAAAGGGAACAAGCAUCCAUGCCUAUGUCGCCGCUCGAAGCAAGAACGGCAGAUUCGAGUAGUUGGUUUUGGAAAUUGUACAAAAAUUAUGGAAUUCUCACUCAGACGACAACUUCUUCUUCAAAUUCGAAAACGAAAUCGAGUAACGGUCAUAGCAUACAGGUAUCGGACGAAGAAGAUGAACCACCGGCUACGGCGGCAGAUGCUGUCAGACACGGUGAAAAGUUCCUAAGAUGGUUGGAAUGCUGUAGCGAUCCAAGCGUUACAGCUUUACAAAUAUUACAGUUCAGGUAUUUGCUCAACAACGUAAAAGAAUGUGCUGAGCGUCGGCGACAACAGGUUAGAACAAAAACAAGAUCUCGUCGUAAGUGA